AUUUGUAAAAGAUCUACUGACAUAACAAUUAAGAAAAAUCUAAUUUAUGGACCAAAAUUUAGCAACUAAUAUUCUUAACUUUUGCAACAUGUUGUGAUUUUAUAUGUUUCAAACAUAACAUCAUGUCCAACUAUUUUACUUAGACUUUAAUAUAGUCAAAUUAUGUAAUCUGUGCAUAGGGUUGGCACCACCUGAUGUUUUAGACUUAAUUAGGCAUAAAUACCUAAAAUGAAUUUCAUUUCAGUUUUCACAUGAAGGAGAUACUGUACUGUAGAAUUAUGGGAUACAGUAGGCAUUUAUAAACAAUUUUACAGGAAAAUAAUGGACUUGGACACAAUAAAAGCACAUUCUGUCAUUGACCUAUAUGUAGUAAUUCAGUUCCUACUUGCCAGCCUCCAUUUAGCCUAUUCUUACUCAUAGCAAGAAAAGUGGCUGAUGAGUAUAUACAUCUCUAUUCUAAAUGACCGAUAAGAUGUGUGGUCACUUUAAUAGUGCCUUGUUCUUAUCAGUGUUUAGAGGCAACCAUGUUCUGUCAGACUUUGCAGGUAUCGCCCAAAAUGAUGUCUGGAGAACAAACAUGCUGUUAUACAUGUACAUGCAGAUCUUUGACUAUGAUUAGUUUUUUAUUUACUAGCUUAGAUUCUGAACUAUAAUAUCAGCAGAAGGAAGUGACGCCAGUUCAGCAGAGCCAAUACCGCUGCCUCCAGCAAGACUCAGUCCUCAGUCAGCAUUUCCUACACUUUAUAUGCUUAUUUGUAAAGUGAAGAUGGACCGGACUUAAUGAAGAGUUCUGACCCUCUAUGCUCUCUCUGUGCGUUUCAACGCCUCCAUCUGCAAGGAGAAUGACUUAGAAAGAGCCCUCUCAUCAGUCUCUGUGAGUCCCAGUACAGUAUGUAAUUGUGUCCUGAAUAACUGGGGUGGAUAACUGGCCUCAGCAAAUUAGGGUAAUUUGUAGUUCAGCUGAUGGUCAUGCAUCAGUGAAUGCUUUUCCCCAAAGAAUUCAUGUGCACUGUGGAGCCUGGCGAGGGGUUCUUUCUGACUGCGGAUUUGUAAGCAGUUCUGCACUUCUUUAUAGAAGCAUUAAAGUAAAUAUGAGUUUUUAGGGCAUUUUUUUCUGAGCUUAUCAUAUUGAAAACAAUAAAACAUUAACCAUGAAAUGUGCCGUAACUUUUGCACAGACCACAUUUCCAUUUUAUCCCCCUCCCCUCCGCCCCAUAUGCUAAUUAAUUAAAUAAUUAGAGCUGAAUAGGCUAUUUCUUGUGUUUUGCAGUAUUCUGUAACGCACCAUUAUAACCCACAGCCUUAUUCAUUUGACAGAAUUCACGAUUUUAUGUAUUGUUCCUGUUUUUGUUGACUACAUUAGCCAGCAUGCAUUACACAAACGUGACAAAGAAAACCGUAAAAACCUGUGAUUCUGUCUUUCACAGCCAGAGAAAGACCACCAAACUGAAGUGAGGUAUCCAUAUAGUCAGACAGCUACCACGUUAAUGAUGGGUUUUAGGUUGUUGUCCUCUUUAUCUGCAGGCCACUCCACUGUAAUUGUGAUUUAAAGACAGUUAUUACAGCUAAAUGGCUGUAAGACUAUAUUCAGCUUCCAAAUAUUAGCUAACUGCCUUCCUUACGUGUUCACCAUUUCAAAAAAGCUGCCCUGAAAAAUCCCAUCGUUUUUCAGCCAAUUGUUUUCCCAUCUUUAAACUUUAUCCUACUUUACAGAUGUACAAAGGGUUCAAAUUUUAAUUUUGGCUAGAGUGUCCUGUUAAUAUUGUUAGUGUACCAUUCACUCCUGAGCCCAUACAGUCCUUAUAUGGGAACUAAGCUGCCUGUUUAGAAUUCAUUGUUUUUGGGAUGUCAUGAAAAGCAACACAUUUACAUAUAUCCACCUAUUCACACUGAAGCUACAAGGAGUGUUCCAGUCCAUACUGCUUUUAAAUAGGCCCAAUACAGGGAAGUCUAUCAGCACAGCAACAUAAAUAUCCUGUUUAAUUCAAAGGAUUAACAGAAGUUAAAAUAUGGUCAUCUGGAGUGAUUUAUAGCAGCUUUUGUUAUAUCACAUCGCACAAUUUCCAUAAAUGAACCUCAGGGAAAAAAUAAAAUGUAGGAAAGUGUAAGAAACAUGCAGGGUAUGAAAAAUAGUAUAAGAAAUGUACCAUUUAUUUUAACUAAUAUAACACACAAAGCACAGGAACGAUGUUAUAUGCAUGUAAUUACACCAGAUAAGUGUCCAUUUAGUCCUGCAAAAUGUGGUAUAGGUUUCAGAAAGGGAUUGUGGCAGUGGAAGGUAGUGAUAAUAGAGCGUGUUAUUCCAUAAGUUAUACUUUGCAUCUAAUUCACUCAGGUAGGCUCUAAUUCACCUACGGUAGGUGUUUCCUUUGUGUUGUGGGACAUAUAAAAGCAGCAUUCAGCAUCUGAAACAGGUUUUAAGAGUUGAUUGGAGCAGAUAACAACAGAAAGGACAAGCACAUCACACCCCACCCUCUCUGAGUAAGUAUGCGUUUAAAAGGCAUCAUGAUCUAAUAUGUAUUUCAGAAUGUUCCAUAUUUUUCAAGGAAAAUGUUUUUGUGUGUUUGUGCAUCUUCUGUUCUUCAAUGCUUUUAACACUCGUGCAUUAAAACUGAAAAUGCAUUGUUUUAAAUUUACUAAAUUUGCAAACAGAAAGUGAAAGACCUGCAUAACAGCAUCAUGACCUAUUCAGGCUGCAGUUAUGCAGGUUAUACAGAUUCUACUUGCAUACUUGAUAGAUAAAGCGAAACAAUGCGUUCUGUUCUAUUAUUCCAGAGACGUUAUUGCCUUCUUUGACUCUUCUCAGAUAUUUUCACAACAGAUAUUUUCUGCUCAUUACUUCAGAUUUCAGUCCUCUCAGGUGCUGCAAUGUCGACCUCCAUGUCCUCCACGUCUGCUAGCUCUCAGUUGAAUAAGACCCUGUGCGCCCACUACCUCAGCCUACCCCAGGGUGGGCUGUGUCAGGUUACUUAUGUCUGGAUUGAUGGAUCUGGCGAGGGUCUGCGCAGCAAGACUCGAACCAUGGAGUCUGAACCCUGUGAUGUAGAAGAUGUUCCAGAGUGGAUCUUCGAUGGUUCGAGCACGAGCCAGGCAGAGAGCACAAAGAGUGACAUGCUCCUGGUUCCGGUACGCAUGUUCAGAGACCCUUUCGCUCUGGACCCCAACAAGUUGGUGCUGUGCGAGGUGCUCAAAUAUGACCGUGAACCUGCAGACACUAAUCUUCGACACGCCUGUAAUAAGAUCAUGGAGAAGGUGAAGGACUUUCACCCGUGGUUCGGUAUGGAGCAGGAGUACACUCUGCUGGGUGUGGAUGGACAUCCUUAUGCCUGGCCAACAAAGGGCUACCCUAAACCACAGGGUCCGUAUUACUGUGGUGUAGGAGCAGACAGAGCCUUCGGUAGAGACAUUGUGGACUGUCACUAUAAAGCCUGCUUGUACGCAGGAAUCAAAAUCAGUGGCUCCAACGCAGAGGUCAUGCCCUCUCAGUGGGAGUUCCAGGUGGGCCCGUGUGAGGGGAUUGAGAUAGCAGACCACCUGUGGAUGGCACGUUUCCUGUUGCACAGAGUGUGCGAGGACUUUGGUGUGAUCGCCACAUUGGACCCCAAACCUAUGGUAGGGAACUGGAAUGGAGCAGGCUGCCACACCAACUUCAGCACCGAGACCACCCGAGCUGAGGGGGGGCUGGAGCACAUUGAGACGGCCAUAGAAAAACUCCGCCUGCACCAUGCUGAACACAUAGGGGUCUCUGACCCUCACGGUGGACAGGACAACCAACGACGACUCACAGGCUUCCAUGAGACCUCCAAGAUCCAUGAGUUUUCAGCAGGAGUGGCUAACCGAACGGCCAGCAUCCGCAUCCCCCUUCAGGUGGACCUGGACAAGCGUGGCUAUUUGGAGGACCGCCGCCCGGCUGCCAACUGUGACCCAUAUGCUGUGACUGCAGCUAUUGCUCGGACCUGCCUACUGGUGGAAGAGGAGGAGGCAGAUAUUCUGACUGAUUUGGAAAUUAAUGAACUGGAAUAAAACACUUCACCUGAAAUAGCUUUCAUGCACAACAGUUGCAUUCCUGUUAAUGAUGUUUACCUGUUAGAAUUUACCUUUGUGCUCUGUCUAUUCUCUGCUUCUUUUGUUUGACAAUAAGUCAGAAUAUGAAAGAAAAUCGCAAUUUCAGCAAUGAUCAUUGAUGGCAUUAAUGGCAAUGUUAUUAUAGUUGUAACAUGGAGGAGUGAGGAGGCGGACACGUACGCUGAGAUAAGCGACUUUUAUUAAGGGCAAAUCCAGGGUCAGAGUCGAAACGGUCCAGGUUCAAACAGCCAACACGGAGAGAAUGCAGAUCAGA